UCAAUGACCCACUUUCUCUUUCUCCAGUCACGUACUUUCUCAACAACUCAAAAUGACCCUGUGUCCGUCCUUAUCGGCUUCCUGGCGUAUUCGUAUCAAUCCACUCUCUGUUCCUCUCUGUUUCUGUACAACCAAGGCGAGCGAGUUCCCACUUGAUCGAUAACACCAUGUCGUCUUGGGAUCCACUUCUGCCACCGUGGAGACCACCUCUGUGGAGACCGCCCCAGUGGUGGGCCACAGACAGCAAUUCAAAAGACGGAUCGCGUGGAAAGAAGAUCAAAGAUGCAUAUGCAAAGGCAAAAAAAUGCACCUUAUGCAACAACUUUGUGUGGCCGACCGAAGGUGUAGAAUUUCGAAUCGACGAGUGGUCGUCGUCUGCUAAAGGAGGUUGUGCUGGCUGCAUGGUUCUAUGUGCCGUUGCAACUUUGAUUGAAUAUACAAUAGAGUCUCCUGAACAGUCGAGUCCCAUUGGAAGUAUGCGGUUCAAAAUGGAGCAUUCACGAAUCUUGGCCACAUCAGAUUGGCGCUAUGGUUAUGAUGUGUACUCUCCGCACAUGCAACAAAAUCCUUGGGAGAUACCGUAUUUUCCCCCAGAACUUGAAGUUGCAUCAUACUCUGGAUCCAGUCAUGCCAUCAAGCGCACGCUAUCCUGGCUACGGGCUUGUGACGAGACACAUCAAUCGUGUAGGCGCACUACUUCACCUCUGCCAUCUCGUGUUGUCCUUAUCCAAGGACCACAGAAUAUAAAGCUUCAUGAAAGUAAUGGAGAAACCGAGCCCUAUGCCUGUCUAAGUCAUUGCUGGGGCAAGAAACAUAUCAUCAGGACGACUACAUCUAAUCUGUCGCUCCACAAGCAACAAAUCAAGUGGAGCCGGCUCCCUCUCACAUUCCGACAUGCCGUGUCCUUUGCCUACCGCCUUGGCUUAAAGUAUCUCUGGAUCGACUCGCUGUGCAUUAUCCAAGACGAUGUCGAUGACUGGCGCCGCGAAGGAAGCAAAAUGGCUCAAAUCUAUUCCGGGGCUUACAUUACACUCGCUGCUACAGCAUCUCGAGAUGCAUCAGGUGGCUGUUUCCGCCACGGCGCCAAACGCUCUCUCUUCCGCCUCUCAUAUCCGGACGAAAAAGGUUCCAAGCUAGACCUCUACGUCCGGCCAAGAUUAAAGAACGCCAGCUGGGUCGAAGGCAGAGCGCCCUUGGUACCUCGUGGAUGGACACUACAAGAACGACUGCUUUCUCCACGGGUCCUGUAUUUUACGCACGAAGAGCUCGUCUGGGAUUGCAAGACCAAGAAUGAUUGCGAGUGCUCCAUCCCACCCCCCUUCGCCUUACUCUCAAAUAUGUGCAGUCUUUCCUGGCUGAACGACAAGCUGCAUGUCACCAAUGGCGACGACCACUCAGAUAGCUCGAAAACAUGGCACACGAUCAUCGAGCAAUACACUCAACAACGCCUUACGUAUGAAAAGGAUGUAUUCCCCGCCUUGCAAGGUAUAAGCAAGAUGUUUUCUAUUUACACCAAAUCCCGCUAUCUAGCCGGUCUAUGGGAAAACACAGUGAUAUCGGAUCUGCUAUGGAUGCGUUAUAGUGGAAUUCGCCGGCGGCCCCAAAUAUGGCGUGCGCCAUCCUGGUCCUGGGCCUCUGUUGUAGGCGACAUAUAUUGGGACAGCCAGGCCAACAACAAGUCUUUCCGCGCCCUCGCUACGUGCAUCGCAGUAGAGGUACAGCCAGUGAACGCUGACGCCUUUGGAGAAAUAGCAUCUGCCAGUCUCACGCUGAGAGCUCGCUGUUUCUCCAAGGCAGCGCAAGAGCCGUGGCUGCCACUUACAUAUCCACGUCAGAACAUGGUGCCGUAUGUUGAUCUAGAGGGUCCUGCUUGGAGCCAGGACGGUGUUGGGGCCGCUGUUAAUCUCGAUUGCAAGGUACCCGAGUUUGACCCGACGAGGCCGCAGAGCAAGAUGCUGGGUCUAGAGAUGCGUAUUAGGACGGUCGUCAUGGCGCAGUACUACUCGGAAGACUAUAAUUUCACCAAGUUUGAUUGUUUGCUGCUGCGGAAGACAGCAGAGAAAAGGGAGCAAACUACGUACGAGCGGUUUGGAUAUUUGAAGAUGCAAGCGCGAGACGUGCAUCUCGAUGCAUCCGAGCUUCCCUUGGAUGAAGAGGAGAUAUUGUACAUUGUUUAAGUGAGCUGUACAUUUAAGCACAUUUUCUUGAGCAGAGAAAAGAUCAUGACUAGUAUUCUUAGAGGUGCAAAUGAAAGAUUAUGGUAUUAUCCAGGUGUGUUUGGUAAAAA